AUGGGAAGAGGGAUGAGUAUCAGCAAACUUGCUUUCUUUCAAGUAAAGAACAAGUACGUGACAGAGAUGAAGCAUACUCAAGUACAGCUACAGCAUCAGGUCCAUGAAUUACAAGAGGCUCUUGCGCGACUCGGAAGCAACCGUUCUGAAGCACAUGUGGGUGAAAACUCAGCACAAAGAUGUGCCUCCGAAUUAAAAGUAGCUGAGGGUCGCAUACUGUCUACGGACCAUAUGGAUUUCAUCAACAACAUACCGUUGGGACCUAACUCGGUGAAGGUGAUAGUUGAGACGGCCGUCAACGGAGAGGCUUUUAUGUGGAGAUCUGCUCUGGAAAUGUUUACUAUUGCUCAAGCAGUAGGCGAAACUAUAGCGUGGCCCCAGAACUGUGUUGUUUCCCUUGAGGAUGACUUGGACCCAUAA